GUAGGUCCUUGGUGGAAUUACUGAUCGUUCGUCUUUUAUUCUCUAAUAAUUUCACUAAAAAAGGAAAUCAGGUACCACUUUACAUUACAGCUUGAAUGAUGACUCGAGCUGUGGUCUUUGUCUGGUUGGCUGUUUUAGGACAGACCAGUGGCCAUUCUGGUACUAAUAUUGCUAGACAUGGAAAAGCAACUCAGUCCUCCGUGGUGUGGGAUGGCCCCCCUGAAAAGGCAAUUGAUGGAAAUCGGGCAAGCAUCUAUGGACAAGGAUCCUGUACCCACACACAAGGACAAACAAAUCCAUGGUGGAGACUGGACCUCCUGAGAACAUAUAAGAUUAACACUGUCACCAUCACCAACAGAGGAGAUUGUUGCCACAAUCGGCUUAAUGGUGCUGAGAUCCGCAUUGGAAACUCUCUCAAUGACAAUGGCAAUGCUAAUCCCAGGUGUGCCUCUAUUAAUUCUAUCCCAGCUGGGACCUCACAAGCUUUUGUGUGUAAUGAAAUGGAGGGCCGGUAUGUGAACAUUGUGAUUCCUGGAAGAACAGAAUAUCUGACACUGUGUGAGGUGGAAGUCACUGGUCAGCCUUCAGGAAACACUGCUCCAACUGGUGCUAAUAUUGCUAGAGGUGGAAGAGUGACUCAGUCCUCCGUGGUGAGUGGUGGGGUCCCUGAAAGGGCCAUUGAUGGAGAUCAGGCAAGCAACUGGAAUCAAGGGUCCUGCACCCACACAAACCACGAAAGCAGACCAUGGUGGAGACUGGACCUCCUGACGACAUAUAAGAUUAACACCGUCACCAUCACCAACAGAGGAGAUUGUUGCCAUGAUCGGCUCAAUGGUGCUGAGAUCCGCAUUGGAAACUCCCUCAAUGACAAUGGCAAUGCUAAUCCCAGGUGUGCCUCUAUUAAUACUAUCCCAGCCGGGACCUCACAAGCUUUUGUGUGUAAUGAAAUGGAGGGCCAGUAUGUGAACAUUGUGAUUCCUGGAAGAACAGAAUAUCUGACACUGUGUGAGGUGGAAGUCACUGGUCAGCCUUCAGGAAACACUGAUCCAACUGGUGCUAAUAUUGCUAGAGGUGGAAGAGUGACUCAGUCCUCCGUGGUGAGUGGUGGGGUCGCUGAAAGGGCCAUUGAUGGAGAUCAGGCAAGCAACUGGAAUCAAGGGUCCUGCACCCACACAAACCACGAAAGCAGACCAUGGUGGAGACUGGACCUCCUGAGAACAUAUAAGAUUAACACUGUCACCAUCACCAACAGAGGAGAUUGUUGCCAUGAUCGGCUUAAUGGUGCUGAGAUCCGCAUUGGAAACUCCCUCAAUGACAAUGGCAAUGCUAAUCCCAGGUGUGCUGUUAUCCAUUCUAUCCCAGCUGGAACCUCACAAACUUUUGUGUGUAAUGAAAUGGAGGGCCGGUAUGUGAACAUUGUGAUUCCUGGAAGAACAGAAUAUCUGACACUGUGUGAGGUGGAAGUCACUGGUCAGCCUUCAGGAAACACUGAUCCAACUGGUGCUAAUAUUGCUAGAGGUGGAAGAGUGACUCAGUCCUCCGUGGUGAGUGGUGGGGUCGCUGAAAGGGCCAUUGAUGGAGAUCAGGCAAGCAACUGGAAUCAAGGGUCCUGCACCCACACAAACCACGAAAGCAGACCAUGGUGGAGACUGGACCUCCUGAGAACAUAUAAGAUUAACACUGUCACCAUCACCAACAGAGGAGAUUGUUGCCACGAUCGGCUUAAUGGUGCUGAGAUCCGCAUUGGAAACUCCCUCAAUGACAAUGGCAAUGCUAAUCCCAGAUGUGCCAUCAUCUCAUCUAUCGCAGCUGGGACCUCCAAAACCUUUGCAUGUGAUCUCAUAGAAGGCCAAUAUGUGAACAUUGUGAUUCCUGGAAGAAAAGAAUACUUGACACUGUGUGAGGUUGAAGUCACUGGGAUAGAAUCAGAUGAUUCCUUUGAACAUCCUUAUGGCUGAGUCUGAUCUAAUUCGUCAUAGUCAUGUCCACUUAUUUUUAAAGCUAAUCUUUCCAUGCUUCUUCUCCUUUAAUAGAAUAUUUGUACUUAGGGUCAGUGACUAUUAAAACAAAGUUUGAUAGUCAAUUUAUCACAUUGUUAAGACACUUUCUGCAAGAGAUUUUGUUGCUUCACAGUACAAGGAAUUUAACAUAACUUGCACUCAAUUUACAGCAGCAUUGAUGAACAGUUGUUUGAGGUCCUCUAAUAUGAUAUGAAUAAACUCUUCUGUAUAGAA